CCAGUCCCCAGAGUGCCUGUAUCGCCGCACUGCCUAAUACACUCAAAUCUUCUAAGCAAGACUACAUGGACUUGGAGCAAGCUUGGUACACGGUCUCUCUGGGAAGCACAUACACGAAUCCGUCGAUAAUUACGGGCCUCUCCCUCGAAAUGUCCGCACUUGAGUACGUCAUGCAGAAUACAAGAAAAUUCCUCAACGAAAGCCUUUUCGAGCCCUGCGUAUCCGUGAAGAGAGUACGACAACCGAUUUGUGAACGAGCGAAUCCCUUUCGCAUCACUUGGGAUUAUUACGGCUAUCCGUUGUAUACGUUCGCGAGUAUAUCAAAUGCGUCGAAAGUCCUGACAAUGGGCGAGCUGCGCCAUACCUUGGCUAUAAAGUUCCUCGAUGCGAGACAUUCUUACGGACGCUUGCGUGCACGUACGGCAUGGCUUCUCUUCAAUGUGCACAAUGCGCGCCAAGCAAUGCGAUGUCCCGAUCCUCCGUUCGAAGUCAUCAGAGAGUUUUGCCACGCUCUGGAACGCUCUUCAGGUGGAAGGUGCCGAGACUGAGCUGCCUUUUCGCCAAAUGAACAUGCUGAGCUCACCAUUCCUUCAAUGUGUUCUGUGUCCUGUCUGUUUCCUGUCUCC